CUUACCCUUUUUCUUUCAAUAGAAAAUUUCCCUUCCCACCUCUUUUUGUUUUGAUAAUACUUCCCACCGCUGAUACUAAAAUCCCCUGUAUGUUCUCCCGAUCUGAAUUAUCCCUCAGAGAGAAUCUUCACGUUUCUCAAUGUUGUUAAUCAUUGCGAGGAAAAACAAACAAAAUUAGGGUUUCCAAUUUUCGUUCUUCGAAGUCAAACUAGGGUUUUCAAUUGGUUUUUUUUUGUGAAAAGGAAGGAUGCGAGGGUUGCGUCAAGGAGUUCGAAGAGGUCGUUCGGCAACAAAAGCAGCAAUAGAAGAAGUACAGAGAAGUCUAGUUGAUGAAUCAAUGGUGAUUCGAAGAAAGAGAUCGAAUAAGAAUAACAAACAACAACAACCGGAACCAGAACCAGAAGUAGAGCAGCAGCAACAACAAGAUGAUAAUAACAAUGUUGGUGGUCCUAAGCUUUACUUGAGAGGUUUAAAAUUAGUUAGAAAAAAGAUGGUGUUGGAUAAAAAAGAAGAUCGAGAGCCAGAAACUAGUUGUUUUGAUGAAAUUCGUGAGAUAGGACGGAAUGUUGUUGAGAUGGGGGAUUACCAUGAUGCUGAAGAAAAUAUGGAAACUGACGAUGCUCCUGCUGCUAAAGAAAAUCUGGAAACAGACGAUGCUCCUGCUGCUGAACAACUGGAGGUGGAGGAGGAAGCAUAUAAGACUCCUACUCCCUAUGAGGAACCCGCCCAUUUUCGUACACGGCUUAAACUUCACACCCGGUCGGCUAUUGCUCAAAUGGCUCUUCGCAUUAAUGACGAGAUGUCUGCCAAGAAACAGUAUUUGGAGGAGGGACCGCUGAGGCAAACACUGGUUCACGAAUCAUCAAAUAGCUAUGAGAUGGAUGACGGGACACCUGAAGGAUCUCUAGAGUGUGAACUUACAAACCACAACUAUGAGAUGUACAAUCAGGAACAUGAAGGAUCAGUUCCUGUUGAUAUUCCAGAAUGUGAAACUGCAAAGGAUAUUGUGGUUGAUAGCAACAACAGUAAACAGAAGAAGGAAGAUAAGCUGGCUCCUACUUCCAAGGCACCUGUGGCAGAGGAUGAGAUGUGUAGGAAAACAAGAUUAUUAGGCAAAAGAAAAGCCUCGGGAACCUUCGCCGAGCAACCCACUGUGGAAGAUCACCUUAUAGAAGCACCCGAAGAGUUUGAAUCUGAGUCAAGCAUGAAGAGAAAGGUCCAUGGUGCAACGACUUUAGUACCACACAUCUUCAGUACAAAUACUAGCCACCGCAAUGUGAUAGAGUACAAUGAGCAUGGCCAGCCAAUAGGGCCGUUCUCUUCUGAGCUAGCUAGUUACAUGGGCGUUUUGGCGCGACAGAUGGUUCCAAUAGUCCAUGAAAAUUGGAAAGUCGUCCCAAGCACUCUAAAAGAUGAGCUAUGGAGGUGUCUGGAGGCAAAAUAUGUGCUCGAAGCAAGUAGUAGGAAACUAUUAGUCAAUGGCAUUGGAGACAGGUGGAGGGUUUUUAAGAGCACUCUUACAAGGACAUAUAUUCUCCCAUUCAAGGAUGAGCCUGAUUGUCUGAUCCACCCUCCUCCAAAGUAUGGAUUCAUUAAGCAAGAGCAUUGGGAUGAAUUUGUGAAGUCCAGACUAAAUGAUGCAUUCCAGGCUGUCCAUGAAGCACAGUCAAAAAUUCGUGCGAAGAACAUUCAUCCUCACCGGUUGGGUCGGACAACUUAUGCCGGUCUGAUCGAAAAAAUGAAAAAAAGUGAAGGAGUUACCCCUGAAGAAAUUGAUAGGUGUGUUUUAUGGAAGAAAGCACGUCAGAACAAAAAUGGGGAGUAUGAGGACGAUGCUACCAGAGAACAAGCAGAGAUUAUCGAUGAACUGAAAAAGCAAGUAGACGAUGGGUCCCUAGUUUGUGAUGGAAACAUCGAUGUGCUGUCAUUGGCUUUAAGAACUCCAGUUGGAGGCACUGAAAAGUUUGAAAGUCGGCGGACCUCCUAUCAGAAGCCUAAAUGUCAAGCCACUAAAGUUGCUGAUAAAUUGCAUGAGCAACGAAAGCUGAAUGGGAACAAGUGCCAAGAAGAGAGAGUUUCCCGUUCACGAGUGGAAGAUCAACUCUUGAAUACUCAGAAGAUGGUCUCACAGUUAGAGGAGAUGCUUGCCAACUUCAUGCAAAACGGGAAGUCGCCGACAUCGAUUUCUAACAAACUCCCCUUAAUAAACUGUGGAAACUCGGGGAAGGAGCUUGCAUCGGCGUCCACCAUGCUCCCUGUUAACAGUAACAAAGAUUUGGAGGUUGAGCCUGCAUCGACAUCUACUCUGGUCCCAGUAAACAACAAUGGGAAUUUGGGGAAAGGGACUGCUUUGACUUCCACUAGGGUCCCCAUAAGCAACAAGAAAAAUUUGGGGAAAUUGCCUGCAUCGACUUCUACCAGAGUCCACCUAAAGAACAAUGAAAAUUUGGGAAACUCUCCUGCGUCAUAUUCUGACAAAGGCAAUUCAAACACCUACGAACCUUCGACAUCAGGCAGAUCUCAGUCAAGGGUUUGGAGAAAUGAUGAGGAAAACUUACCUGUUGUUCAAGUAACUCCAUCAACGCAUGUUGCCAGAUCCGUGAAGACAUCAGGCAGAUCUCAGUCGAGCGUUUGGAGAAAUGAUGAGGAAAACUUACCUGUUGUUCAAGUAACUCAAUCAAGGCAUGUAGCCAGAUCUAUGAAGGAUUCAAUCGUCUCACCCUUCCAGAGGUUCUAUAAAAGCGUGUCUCAAAAAUUGACGGGCAGCAUUCCGUUCAUAUCAGUACCAGUAGAUGCGGCAGUCUUUGGUACAGAGAUGGAGCUUUAUCUUGACCUGGAUGAUGUUCGAUAUAUUUGCCAUCUGGAAGAUUUGUCUGAGAAUUGCGUCAUGGCAUACAUUAGGAACCUCUAUGAUAUAUUAACGGAGAGAGGGAUACAACACAAAUAUGAAUUUAUAGACCCUGCAUCAGCAAGCGCUGCAAAAGAUGCUGAUUUGUCAAAAAUAAUAACUUCAAGAUUGAUGAACACAAAUUGUGAAUGGGUUUUCAUUCCUGUCAAGCCGGAGGGGGCGCAUUGGCUUCUUAUCGCAAUAAAUAUGGUGGCUAUGAGUUGCUAUUGGCUGGAUCCAUCGGGCCUCCCAGCUCGAUAUAACAUCAAACCCUUUGUCACUUUUGGUCUGAAAGGCUUGCAAAAUGAUGGAGUGAGGAGGUCAUCACCAAUUUGGUAUAAUAUCAAGUGUCCGAAACAGAAAAAUAGUGUGGAAUGUGGGUUUUAUAUAAUGAAGUUUAUGAGGGAGAUAAUUGAUGAGCCAAAAAUGUUUACAAAGAGUGAGCCUUUCCUUAAAUCUACGUAUGAGCAGGAUGAAAUCGAUGAAGUGAGACUUGAGUGGAUUCGAACUGUAGAGGCGUAUGUUUAGUUAUAAGUAUGUGUUAAUAUUAUUUUGAUGUUAUUCAAAAAGUUGUGAGCUAGGCCUGAUCCUUGUAUUGAUAUCUGUAGCUUGAUUUAAGAACUCAAAAGUAGUGAAACUAGUAUUGUACUCACCCUUAUAAGAAAAAGGUGGCAUUUGACUUUGAGAUCAAAAAGUCAUAGAACUGUCAGGAUUGAUCCGAAAGGUCCAUCCGGUGGUCUAUGUCAUCCGGAUGGGGUUUUUGGUUUGGAUGGGUAACAAAUUUCAGUAAAUGUUAAGUUGUGGGUUUUGAGUGAAAGAAAUUACUA